AUGCGGCGGGCGCGGCCCGCGCUGCCGCUGCUGCUGAUGCUGCUCCCGGGGCUCCUGCCCGGCGGGGCGGCCCCGAGGGACCCCGGCGAUGAGUGUGAGCAGCAGCUGCCGCUGGCCCGCGCCGCCGCGUCCUGGAUCGUGGGUGGCCACGAGGCCCCGGAGGGUGCAUGGCCAUGGAUCGUGAGCCUGCAGGUGCACCACAGAGGGAUCCGCUUCAGACACCUGUGCGGAGGGGUCCUGCUGGGCCGCAAAGCCGUGCUGACCGCCGGCCACUGYGUCAGCGGCAGGACGGAUCCAUGUGACUGGCGAGCUGUUCUGGGCGUGCACAACCUUCAAAAGCACAGUCCCCACACAGCAAAAAGGAGGAUCAGGAGGAUCAUGGUGCACUCGCAGUUCAAGAGGGACACCUUUGAGAACGACGUCGCAGUGUUUGAGCUGAGAUCAGCGGUGCGGUACAGCCUCUACAUUCAGCCCAUYUGCCUGCCCCCAGAUCCCCUGGCUGAGCUCAUGGACAACAGCUCCAACUGCUACAUCAGCGGCUGGGGACGCACCGUGGAGAAGGGUAAAAUCUCACCUGUGCUAAACCAAGCCCAAGUGGAAAUCCUCCCUCACAGCCUGUGUAACAGCUCUGAAGGAUACGAGGGGCUCAUGAACAACAACGUGCUCUGUGCCGGUGCCUGGGGCGGCGGCACCGACUCGUGCCAGGGUGACAGCGGGGGCCCCCUGGAGUGUUACCACCCUGACAGUGACAAGUACUACCUGAUCGGGAUCGCCAGCUUCGGCAUCGGCUGCGGCCGCCCCAAAUACCCCGGGAUCUACGUCCGCCUGUCCCAGUACAGGAAAUGGAUAAAGGCAAAGGUGCGGCUGGCGAACGAGACCUGGAGCCCUGUGAGCUCUGCACUCAGCAUCCUCCUGCCCGUGGCACACGUGGUGCUGGCACAGCUUUGGUAGAGGGGCAAACCAUCGUGUGGAGCUCUGUCCUGCCUGGGAAAGCUUGGAAAAACUCGCUCCCUCCUGACUCACAAUAAAAUCAAGAGCCAAAGGAUAAGCACUUACUUUUUAGGAGUCAUGCUUGCAAUUGUGUUUUUUGUUUCCUGCCUCUGCCCUAAUAAGGAAAAUCGAAUACAAAAUGUUAUCAACUGGAAACACUUUUUUUCUCACCCUAUUUCUGUGCUUUUCCAGCCACCAGGUUUCAUGUGCUYGGUGAUGCCACCAAGGUUUGGGGAUGGCAGAUGCUCCCUCUGCCGGGUAAAAACCAGCAGAGCACACWAAGGUUGUAAUUAACCAUUUAAUUAACCAUACCUUAACUGUAGCUCAGCCUAAUGAAAACC